AUGGCAGCGACAAUCGAAGUAUCGCCGCCAGCGCCUCCACUACCCACGAAACACGUCCCAAACGAUGCGCACACGCCAAGCUGUCCGUCGUGUGGCAGUAGUAUAGAUAUGGCCGAGCUCCAAGACGCGAAGCAAAGGAUAGAGGAGCUGGAGGCGCAAAUGGAGCGCCUGAAGGAGAAGGCAACAGCAGCUGUCGACAGAUGCGCCGACUACGAAGACCAAAUACGCAGUCUCCAAGCGACACAAAGCGCCCCUAAACUCCCCCGUACCCAAACCUCACAAUCCGAUAUCGUCAACGCGACUUCUCGCCCCUCCGUCGACGUCGAUCCCCCACGUCCCACAACUUCAAGCUCCACAAAGGCCUCUCGCUUCUCCUUCAUUACAAACCGCUUUCCAUCGCCUGCGAAUACGGGGUCUAUGCCUCCGCCUCCGCCACCGAAAGACGCUUCCAGCGCUCCGCCAAUCGACUACACCCUACUCAACGAGCUAGAGCGCGAGCGUGCCCUACGCGCCAAGGCAGAAGCACGCGUUCAGACAGUAGACUCGGAGAUCGAAGAACUUAGUGUGCAAUUGUUCAGCCAAGCGAAUGAAAUGGUUGCAGAAGAGAGACGAGCAAGAGCUAAGCUGGAAGAAAGGGUUGAGACUUUAGAACGUAGGGAUAGGGAGAAGAUGGGUAGACUGGAUCGGUUGGAGAAGGCCGUAAGCAGGGUGGAGAGAGUCAAAGCGUUGCUAGGAGAAAAGGAAGAUAUGAGGAAAGAGGCAGCUGCUGGUAGCGCGUUGCUGUCACCGCCGGUUAGGAGGUGA